UGCGGCGGGGCGGGGACGGUGGCUGGCCGCCCGGGGGCGAACCUCCGGCGGCUGCACCUCCCCUCCUCGGCUCCCGAAAAGCCGCAAACCCUGACCAACCUCCGUCGCGGCCCGGCGGCCCCCUACCUGACUCCCCAGAUCGCCUUCCUGGGCCCUCGUCGUCCCUGCCCCCGCCCAAGUCCUCAUGGCUUGUGUUUCUUUUUCCACUGUAUGGAAACAGACUCGAAUGCUGGGAACCCAAGGUCUCGGGCCACGCUGGGAACCACUGCUGGGUGUGUUCUGUUUUGGUUGGUGUGAACAUCACUAAACCAUACGCAGCAAUGCACAGUAAGCUCAGCAGCACCACGCCGAGGCGGGAGCCAGCACAGAGGAGUGCAGCUGCGCAGUCCCUGGCACCUGAGUGAUUGGCUCAUGCAUACCUCCCCUGGGAGGCCCAGGGAAUCACGUGAUGGCAGCUCUGCACCUGUCUUCUGCUUCCCAGGCCAAGGUGACUUUCGAGGACGUGGCCGUGCUCCUCUCCCCAGAGGAGUGGGGACAGCUGGGCCCUGCUCAGAGGGGCCUCUACAGGGACGUGAUGCUGGAGACCUACAGGAAUCUGGUCUCCUUGGGAGCUGGACCUGCAGGUCCCAAGCCUGGGGUGAUCACACAGUUGGAGCAAGGGGAUGAACCGUGGGUCCUGGACACACAGGGUCCCGAGGGGAGAGAGCGGCUGGGAGUCCAUGGCUCAGCUUAUGAGAUCAGCACUGAGUGCAGGGAGUUGACUUCAGGGGAGAUGCUUGAUGGGGCAGAACCGGACCAGCUCGGGGGAACUGUUCCCCAGGGAACUGAGCCAGAAGAAGCCCGCACACCGGUUGGGAAGGCGGAGGAGAGCCCAGACAAGCCCAUGGAGCAGGGAGGCCCUAGGCCAGUCACACUGACCAACAGGGAAAGCAGCCAGGAGCGUGGGGGAAGCCUCCAGCUGGGGUCAAGCUCUGUCCCUGAUCAGAGACCUCACAAAUGCGAUAUAUGUGAGCAAAGUUUUGAACAGAGAUCAUAUCUAAAUAACCAUAAGCGUGUACACAGGUCAAAACGAACAAAAACGGUUCUUAAUUCUGGGGAAAUCUUCAGUGCUAAUGCUGUUGUUAAAGAAGAUCAGAAAAUUCCUGCUGGCAAAACACUCCAUUACUGUGGUUACUGCAGGAAAGCCUUUAGGUACAGUGCUAACCUCGUCAAGCACCAGCGGCUCCACAGUGAAGAGAAGCCCUACAAGUGUGACGACUGUGGGAAAGCCUUCGGCCAGAGCUGUGAGUUCAUCAAUCACCGAAGGAUGCACUCGGGGGAGAUCCCCUACCGGUGCGGUGAGUGCGGAAAGACAUUCAACCGGAGGCCCAACCUAAUGAAGCAUCAGAGGAUCCACACUGGGGAGAAGCCCUACAAGUGCAGCGAGUGUGGGAAACACUUCAGUGCCUACUCUUCCCUUAUUUAUCACCAGCGAAUACACACUGGAGAGAAACCCUAUAAGUGCAGCGACUGUGGGAAAGCCUUCAGUGACAGCUCAGUCCUUAUCCGCCAUCGUCGGACCCACACUGGAGAGAAGCCAUUUGAAUGUAAGGAGUGUGGCAAAGGCUUUACCCAGAGUUCUAACCUUAUCCAACACCAGAGAAUCCACACUGGAGAGAAACCCUAUAAAUGUAAUGAAUGUGAGAAAGCCUUCAUCCAAAAAACCAAACUUGUUGAACAUCAGAGAAGCCACACUGGAGAGAAGCCCUAUGAAUGUAAUGACUGUGGCAAAGUCUUCAGUCAGAGCACACACCUCAUCCAGCAUCAGAGGAUCCACACAGGGGAGAAGCCCUACCGGUGUGGCGAGUGUGGGAAGGCCUUCCACAACAGCUCCAGACUCAUCCACCACCAGAGGUCACACCACGGAGAGAAGCCGUACAAGUGCAGUGAUUGCAAGAAGGCCUUCAGCCAGGGUGCUUACCUCACCCAGCACCAGCGGAUCCACACCGGGGAGAAGCCGUACAAGUGCAGCGAGUGUGGCAAGGCCUUCCGGCACAGUUCCAAUGUGUUCCAGCAUCAGAGGAUCCACCUCCGGGAGGACCUCUCCACCUGACGCUGGAGGCCCGGGAGUUCUGCCAGGCCCUUCCCACAGCCCUGUUAUUUAUUGGCGUCGCAAGGUUGCCACAGGUGACGGACAUUUCUGUCUGAUUUUUACGGACCUUUUAAACCAAGGCAGUGCAUGCUCAUUUUAGGGAAUCUGAGGAAGGCAAGCAAAAGGGAGCCACUCCUGUAAUUUCUCCCUUUUAGAAACAGAAAAUUCAUCACCGCCGACUUCGAGUGCUUCCUUUGAGGAGGGCUUUGAGAGGGAUGCAGAUGUUUUAAAGAAAAUACUGGUAGGCUUGUUACUGCAGCAUCCAGGACCAUUCCCUCUGCUCUUUCCUCAGUGCCAGAGAAUUCACACUGCACAGAAUUCCACAUAUUUACAUAUUGCAAACUUUUUAAAAAAUUAACAUCAUUCAUACUUUUCUGUGUACUUAAUAGAUGAUUGUCUUUUUCACUGUGCUAAAAUAUACAUAACAUAAAGUUUACCAUUUUAACCAUUUAAAGUGUACAGUUCAGUGGUAUUAAAUACAUGUACAAUGUUGUGUAAUCAUCACCACUAUCUGUUUCCAGAACUGUUUUAUUAUCCCAGACAGAAGCUCUGUGUCCAUGAAACAGCAACUCUGUCCUCCCCUCAUCCGUGCUGCUGGCAACGUCCAUUCUAUUUUCCAUCUCUGAAUCGACCUGUUCUAGGUACCCAUACAAGUGAACUCACAAUAUUUGCGAUUUAUGUCUGGCUUAUUUCACUCAGCAUAAUAAA